AUGACGAUAUACAGCUUGUACAUCUAUGAUCGACACUGCGCGUGUGUAUACUAUCACGACUGGCAUCGCGCAAAGCGACCAAAACCAGCCAACGAAGGCGGAGGCCUAUACAAUGCCGUAAAUCGUGGUGUGGCUCCCCAGUCGUCGGAAUCUUCAGUCCAAACCACACCUACGUUCAACAGCCCUAGGAACACGCUCUCGCUCAAUACUGGUCAUGUCGUGGCGGUUGGCGAACCCACAACGCCUCUGCCUCAGCAAACGGAGCACGAGGUCUCGAAGAGCAAUGCCCUUCCGUUCGACGAGGAGGCGAAACUUGUCUAUGGCGUCGUGAUCUCGCUGCGAAACAUGGUCAAGAAACUCUCGGGAAGAGACGAGCUUUUUACCAGCUACCGCACAUCAGCAUACAGACUUCACCUCUUAGAGACAGUAUCGGGCUAUAAAUUCGUCAUGCUUAGCGACCCCAACACCGACAACCUCCGCUUCGUUAUGCGCCAACUGUACAAUGGCCCUUUCAUUGACUACGCCGUCCGCAAUCCUCUCGUUCCGAUGGAUUCGAGAGAGCAGGGCAUUGAUAAUGACUACUUCCGCGCUGCUACAGACCGCUUUAUACGUGGACUUUCAGUGUUUGGUCCAUAA